GCCGCCUCCGGCCCGCGCCUCGCAGCGCCCCCCGCCCGGCCCCGCUCAGCCUCGCCGCCUCCGGCCGUCACCAUGGCAGAUGCCUUCGCCGGCACCUGGAAGCUGGUGGACAGCAAGAACUUCGAUGACUACAUGAAGUCCAUCGGUGUGGGCUUUGCCACAAGGCAGGUGGCCAGCAUGACCAAGCCUACCACCAUCAUUGAGGUCAAUGGAGACAACGUUACUAUCAAGACUCAAAGCACUUUCAAGAACACUGAGAUCUCCUUCAAGCUCGGAGUGGAGUUCGAUGAGACAACGGCCGAUGAUAGGAAGGUCAAGUCCACUGUCACAAUGGAUGGAGGCAAGCUGGUCCAUGUCCAGAAGUGGAACGGGCAGGAGACCACCCUCACCCGGGAACUCCAGGAUGGAAAACUCAUUCUGACACUAACCCAUGGCAAUGUAGUCUGCGUUAGGACCUAUGAGAAGGACACAGCUUGAAGCCAGCCCACCUGUUCACUGUCAACUCCUCUGCCGACGGCUACCACUGAACCCAACACCAGAUUGCCUCAUUUCUGCACCCGUCCCCCUCCCCACCCCAGUGUUUUGUACCAAUUGACUCUGGUCAAGGAACCCUCCAGAAAUGGAAAACAUAUGGUGCUGUCCUGGUCCUGAUUGAAGCCCAUUCUGUAUUUUUUUUUUAAACUGCAUCUGAUGGCUGGUCCCAAGCCAAUAAAGGAGAUCCCACAGUCAGUCAUUCA